CUUAUCUUCUCAUGGCCUCAACCGUCUGGCAGACAGCUGGGGAUGGCAGGGAGGGCAGCUAUACGGCGAAACAAGUCGAGCAGGACAUGCUUCAUAGUGGUCUAGAGGAGACCCCCCUGAUGGUCUUGGAUAGCCCCACUGAUACCGUCGCCGACUCCAAUCUUAAUGAAUGUGUCUCCGAGUCCAUGGUCGAGAACGUGGUGUAUAUCGGUUCGUACAACUGGGUCGAUUCUGCAGAACCCAUAAUUCUCGUCCCAGGUUCACCGCCGUUGUGGUGCGAUAGAGGUGCUCCGUACACAUUGUCGCUCGACCGGGACAUGUUUGCAUUCGAGGACGCAUACAGGGUGCCUCCUUCCCUCCAGAACCUAGCCCGUAUGAAUGCGAUUGAUAUCAUGACGGGAGAGAAUGGAGUCCACGUGGACUGGCCAAACAUCGAUUUUAUCACCGACAGGAAUGCAUUACGGAAGUUGCUGGGGUGGGCAGGUGGAUACGCAGGGAGAGCCUUCAGGAUUGACCUCGAGUUCGCCGGGAGCGAACGAAGUUACGGGUUCAGCUUCGAGCAUGAAAGCACGCAGCCGGCUCCGGGCUGCGAAGGCACCACUGGACAUUAUCGCAUCAGUUCAUAUUGUUUGGGGGCUGAAAUGAUCGUCUCGUACGAAGUGGAUGCGUGCAUCGCGACAACUACGACAUUGGACUCCACGUGUUCCGCGACGUCAGAUCCAAUCGCACGCUAUCCAAACGUUCGGCUCCUGGCUCUCCCGGCUUCGAAGGCAACACCCCAUGAAGAUCAUACGGACAGGCAUGAAACUCAAAGCAAGCCGAAAACGUGGACGAGCACGUACCCCAGCUGUAUUUGGUCAAUCCCGUAUCUCUACCGGGAUCAUACCACGGGAAUUCAGCAAUCGGAACGAGCGCGAGCGGAGGAGGCACUUCUGUCGUUGAGGCGGCAUUGCAGGCGACUUCCGCAACUGCGGGAUCAUGGUCACCACGGCCAUCUACCUUUCUACGAGAGGACUUCGCAGGCUAGCUGCCUACCGUCGGAGAUCUUGCAACGAUUCACGCGAAUUUGCUAGCCCGUAGUCCACGUAAAUCGAUUCCACAGUACAUAGCAUCGGUACACGGCGCAAUCGAUACUUCAAUGUCUUCAAAUCUCGUGCGCUGGUGCCGUUCAACCUACAAGUGAUGGCUUCCACUGCCAGCUGUCC